AUGCUCACCUUCCCCGUAAUUGCAGGUAUUCCAAUCAGAACCACAAUGGAAAACAGUCUCGCUGUGCAUCACUGUGCCCUCAUACAGAACCUGAUGAUCAAAGCGCGGGCAGCUGUCCGCGACCUAGAUCCGACCAAUGAUCUCACAUUUCUACGUCUACGGAGUAAGAAGAAUGAAAUUAUGGUAGCACCGCGUGAGUGA